AUGUUUUCAGACUACGGUGCUGGUUUAUGUACCAUGUGGGUUUGUUUGGUUGGUAUUACCGUUCUACCUCCCCUACUUGAUUUAUCUCCCGGGGAAACCGUUGCCGAUAUCCAGAGUACAUUGCGUGAAGAUGAGUCGUUUCCUGUCGUUUGCCGGCUCGGUUCCUGGUCGUUUCAAGUUGGUCGUUGGUCGUUUCCUCGUCGUUUCAUGUCGAUGCUGAUUUCACUGUUGAUGUUCUUAGAACGUGGACGUGGAUUAAUAACUUCCGGUGUAGUUUUCAUUUUCUGGUUUUUACUCUCUGUAGCUGGAAUUAUUCCCCUCUACACGUAUCUCAUAUUAAAAACGUAUAACGAAGGGCCUGUCAGAUUCUCGGGGUAUAUUUUAUAUUACACCUUGGUCUUAACUCAACUCAUACUCAACUGUUUCGCUGAGAAAAGAACUGUCAAUUCCACAGAGUAUCGAGACACAACCUGGAGACACUUAAUCUAUAAAGGUUUCAAGGCACCAUUAAACGACCAUGAUCUAUUCGACCUACAUCCUAGAGAUGAUAGUAAACGGGUAGCAAAUGAAUUCGCUGUUGAGUGGAGGAAAGAGCUGGAAAAAUACAAACAACGCAGAAUUCCCUUGGUAGAUGGAAAGGAAUCUCAGAAGAAAACAAAGAAAGCUUCCCUUGGACGAGUAAUGUUAAAACUAUAUUGGAAGGACAUGGCUGAAUCAUACUGUCUAAAGUUCAUUUCCGAUAUUCUGGUUUUUGCUGGACCCAUUUUACUAAGUGUUUUGAUCAAUUUGAUAGAUGGUGAAGCUCCGAAUGGUUGGAUGGGCUAUGUUCUAGCACUGGGAUUAUUUUGUUUACCAUGGAUACAGUCAGUCUUCUACCAUCAGAUGUACCACAUGGCCAUGACCUUGGGUAUGAGGGUCAAGGCCGCUUUGAUGGCAGUUAUAUAUCAGAAGGCCUUAAAAUUGAAUAACGAAGCUCAGAGUAAAUUUACAGUAGGAGAGAUAGUGAACCUUAUGGCAGUAGAUUGUCAGAGAAUUCAAGAUGCUGCCUGUUACACCUUCUACGUUUGGUCCAUACCAUUUCAAGUAGCAAUAGCCGUAUAUCUAUUGUGGAGUACCAUGGGUCCCUCUAGUCUAGCAGGACUUGUUGUUCUUAUAUUACUAGUGCCAGUAAACGCCAUAGUGGCCACAAAACAAUUCAAAUACCAAAAGGAGAAUCUUCAAUAUAAAGACAAAAGAAUCAAAUUGACGAGUGAAGUUCUUGAAGGAAUUAAGGUCUUAAAAUUGUACGCUUGGGAAUGUGUGUUUAAACAAAAGAUUUUAGAAAUGAGAAAACAAGAACUGUCUAUUCUGAAGAAAAUAGCCAAUCUCAACACGCUCAGCACUUUUGUAUGGACAUGUGCUCCGUACUUGGUGACACUAGCUACAUUUACAUGUUAUGUUUUAACCUCAUCAACCGGUCAUCUAGAUGCUCAGAAAGCUUUUGUUACUCUAUCUUUAUUCAAUAUUCUACAAUUUCCAAUCAACUUUAUACCUGAAACCAUUUCAUACCUCUCACAGGCUGCAGCAUCAGUUCAACGAAUUGAAAUAUUUUUGAGAGAAGAGGAACUGAGUCGUUCGAAUGUUGAUAAGAAUGAUUUUAUGGAAAGAGCAAUCAAAGUUGAUCGAGGUGUAUUUGCAUGGAAUAAAUCAUCAAGACCUGUUUUACAUCGUAUUAAUAUAGAUAUAAGCGAAGGGGAACUGGUAGCAGUUAUUGGAACAGUCGGUUCUGGCAAGUCAUCAUUACUAUCAGCUUUCCUUGGUGAGAUGGAAAGAUUGGCUGGGAAGGUUGCAACUAAGGGAAGAGUAGCCUAUGUUUCUCAGCAAGCCUGGAUACAGAACAAUACUGCAAGAAACAAUAUACUGUUUGGUGCCGAGAUGAACAAAAAACAGUAUAAACGAGUGCUUAAAGCGUGUGCUUUGAAAGAAGAUCUGCAGAUUUUACCAGGUGGUGAAUUUACUGAGAUAGGUGAAAAGGGGGUGAAUUUAAGCGGUGGUCAGAAACAACGAGUAAAUCUAGCGAGGGCAGUCUACAGUGAUUCUGAUAUUUACCUUCUAGAUGAUCCUCUCAGUGCUGUGGAUUCACAUGUUGGUAAACAUAUCUUUAAACGGGUUAUCAGUGAUAAUGGUAUACUGAAACACAAAACUCGAGUAUUGGUGACUCAUGCCGUUCACUGGCUACCUCUGGUAGAUACAGUUGUAUUGAUGGAUAACGGAAGGAUAAUAGAUUGUGGACACUAUCUCAAACUCAUGAGAAAUAACGGAGCUCUCGCUGAAUUCCUUCAUACACAUAUGUCUAAGAGUGACAAAGCGCAGGAGGCUACCGAAGAUGCAGAAGAAAGUUCACUGGAUUCCAAAAAGAAGUCGGAUUUCAGAAGUCGCUUGGGUCAUUUGAUUUCUGAAGAGAAUGCUGAAACUGGGAAGGUUGAAUUUUCUGUAUUUUCAACAUAUGCUAAAGCAGUGGGUGUCUUCUCAACGAUCUUCAUAUUUGUGUCCUACACCAUCUACCAGGUCGGCAGUGUGGCAGCUAAUAUUUGGCUGUCAGUCUGGACAGAAGAUUCACAGCUGAAAAACACCAGUGAAUCUCAAUCCAAAGAAUAUAUCAAAACCAAUCAUGGAUAUUUGGCUAUUUAUGGAGUUUUUGGUCUCGUUCAAGCGGUAUUUAUCCUGCUAUACGCUGGGCUAUCCACUACCAAAAUGGUCAAAGCUGCCAAAACGAUGCAUUUUAACAUGUUAGACAAGAUUAUCAGGGCACCUAUGAUAUUUUUCGAGACCACACCAAUUGGUAGAAUUAUCAACAGGUUCUCUCGAGAUGUAGAAACAAUUGAUAACAACUUACCUCAGAUAUUCUCAAUGUGGAUUGUAACUAUAUAUUCCGUGGCCAGUACCUUUGUGGUUAUCAGUGUAGCCACGCCUCUAUUUCUGAUGGUGAUAGUUCCGUUGAUUCUCAUGUAUAGUUUCAUACAGAGGUAUUUCGUGCCGACGUCCCGCCAACUGAAACGUUUGGAGUCUGUGUCAAGGUCACCAAUAUAUUCUCACUUUGGAGAGAGUAUACAAGGGGCGACAACUAUAAGAGCGUAUGAAGCUACUUACCGAUUUACUGAGCAAUCUCGAAAACUCAUAGAUAAAAAUCAAGUAUAUUAUUUUGCUGGUAUAUCUGCCAACAGAUGGUUAGGGAUUUGGAUAGAGUUUGUGAGCAGCUGUGUUGUAUUUACUGCUGCCCUUUUCUCACUGCUAUCACCAGAUAUUACUGGCGCAUCCAUGGGGUUAUCUGUUACGUACGCUUUACAAAUUACUGCAGCAUUAAAGUGGUUAGUUAGAACUAUCAGUGAUCUCGAGACUAAUAUAGUGUCUGUUGAGCGGGUAAAAGAAUAUACUGAUAUUACAACAGAGGCACCUCUGAUAAAUAGACACAACCGUCCAUGUUUGACUUGGCCUGACGCAGGUCACAUCCAGUUUCAACUUUACAGUACCAGAUACAGACCGGAACUAGAUCUGGUUUUAAGGGCGAUAACUUUUGAAGUCAAACCGGGUGAAAAGAUUGGUGUAGUCGGUAGAACAGGCGCUGGUAAAUCCUCGUUGAUACUAGCUUUAUUUCGAUUGGUCGAGGGUGUAGCAGGGACAAUAACUUUAGAUGGUAAAAAUAUAGAAGAUAUUGGCUUACAUGACCUCAGAUCUAAAAUUACCAUUUUACCUCAGGAUCCAGUUUUAUUUUCUGGGACAUUAAGAACCAACCUAGACCCUUUCAAUAUAAAUACAGAUGAAGAGUUAUGGACUGCCUUGGACUUGGCCCAUCUUAAAGCGUAUGUUAGUGGUUUAACUGAAGGUCUUGAAUUUCAGUGUGGGGAAGGAGGACAAAAUUUCAGUGUCGGUCAGAGACAGUUGGUUUGUCUAGCAAGGGCGCUACUGAGGAAGACCAGAGUCCUGGUUUUAGAUGAGGCGACGGCAGCAGUAGAUCUAAAAACAGAUGUCUUAAUACAAGAGACGAUACGAACUGAAUUUCAGCAAUGUACUCUCAUUACGGUUGCCCACAGAAUCAAUACCAUCAUGGAUUACGACAGGAUUAUGGUCCUUGACAAAGGAAAAAUAGUGGAAUUUGACAGCCCCUCCAACCUCCUUCUAGAUCCCUCCACCCAGUUCUACAGCUUAGCAAGGGAUUCCAAUAUUUAA